UUCUUUUCCUUCCUUGCUUCUUCACUUCUUCUCUCUAACUCAGAAGUCAGACCAAGAGAGAGAGAAAUGGCAAACUGGAAUUCAAUUCCUCUAAAAAUCACGUAUGAGGUACUUGGAUGGACAGCUUUCGUAUCAUGGUCCAUCAGUUUCUACCCGCAAGUCAUCUUGAAUUUCCGUAGGAAAAGUGUUGUGGGGUUGAACUUCGAUUUCGUGGUGCUGAAUUUGACGAAGCACUCUUCGUAUCUCAUAUACAACGCGGCCCUCUACUUUAGCUCCGCUAUUCAGAAGCAGUACUUAGAAAAAUAUGGCCAGGACCAGAUGAUACCUGUAGCUGCAAAUGAUGUCGCUUUCUCUAUCCACGCUGUUCUUUUGACAGCAAUUACCUUGUUCCAAAUUGCAAUCUAUGAACGUGGAAGUCAGAAGGUUUCCAAGAUUACAAUUGGAAUUGUCUCUGCUGUGUGGUUAUUUGCUGCUGUAUGUAUUUUCAUAGCUUUGCCAAGCCAUUCUUGGCUUUGGCUAAUCUCCAUCUUUAACUCAAUUCAAGUUUUUAUGACGGUCAUCAAAUAUAUUCCCCAGGUGUUUAUGAACUUUGCAAGAAAGAGCACAGAUGGGUUCAGCAUUGGCAACAUUUUACUCGAUUUUUCUGGAGGGGUGGCAAAUUAUGGACAGAUGGCCGUGCAAUCUAUAGAUCAAGAUUCUUGGGUGAACUUUUAUGGAAACAUAGGGAAGACAUUGCUAUCUCUGGUAUCUAUAUUCUUUGACAUCAUUUUCAUAUUUCAACAUUAUGUCAUCUAUCCUCACAAGAAAGCCGAAGUCUCUUCUAAACUCAUUGUGGAGGAAGGCUCACGCACUGAGCCGCUUGUUAAGUCUCCUGAUCACCCAGAGUUAGAAAAUGUGUAAAGCUUAGCUUUAAUCAUAACUAGUCGUAGACCCGCGCAUUGCGCGUAAUAAUUUUUUUAGAGUUAUCUCAUAAAUAUAUUAUUAUUAUUGUUGUUGC